CAAAUAAUCAACUACUCGUCAUAUACUACUAUGAUCAUGAUGAUUACUAAUCAUACAUGAAAUAGUUUUGUGCAUCACCGGAUUCAUAAGAACAUCCUCAGCACUAGCGACUAGCGUGUUGUGCUCAGCGGUACGCUACGUAGCAACAGGUCGGGGAACAGGCUAACGGUGGAGUGCUCGUAUCAGAAAGCAACCAGCGCAGCGCAGCAUCUAACAAUUACAUGGCUGAUAUCGAGAGGAGGAUGAUGGUGUGCCAGGUGGUCGGUGACAGUGGAGUCGGCAAGUCAUCGCUACUUCUCGCUUACGGUCACGAGAAAGUCUCCAAGGACUAUAUGCCAGCAAUCAUAGACACAUGUGUGUGUGUGUGUGUAUGUGUAUUGAUGUCGCUGCUGUACAGCAUAGAGACAUGUGUGAUUUCUGACAGUAUAGACGGUGUGACACUCAGUAUACAGCUAGGAGACUCCAAUGCUGAUGAGAUACGGGAGUAUGCCACGCAGACUGGUCCCAAGAGAACGCCAGCCAUACAGGCACCCGAUGUGGUGUUGGUAUGUUAUAGCGUGGUGGAUCGGCAAUCUUUCAACAAUACCCCAUCUUUUGCGGAGAUGAUGCGCACGCACUAUGGUCAGUCUCUUCAAAUAGCCCUGAUUGGCCUCAAGAAUGAUCUACGUCGAACCUCGGAUCUUGGCACAGGACAAGCGAACGAAACACAGGAAGUGAGCGGACCAAGGCAGGAUGCAAGUGGAGCACAUGAGGCAAGCAGAGUACGGGAUGGAAGUGGAGCAGGAGAGGACGGUGGUGGCAAUGGUGGUGAUGGUGAUGGUGGUGAUGACACGAUGCAAGUGACGUUAGAGGAAGCGACGGCCAUGUCCUCUCGGAUAUGUACUGUUUAUCAUGCUGUGUGCUGUGCUCGGAAUGUGGAUGAAGUAAAACAGGUCUGUACAGAGGUGUUUCAAGCUGUGUUGGUGGCGCUGCAGAAGAGCCAGCCGCACUCCUCGCAGAAGUCCUGCGUGUGCAUGUAGUCUGUGCAACACUCUAGCCAAUGCUGUCGUUCUCUUCGUGCCGCCAGACCUGCCAGCUCCCCAGCCAGCACGCAAUGGAAGCUUAUCGUCAAUUCUGUGAUGAAAGCGGUGAGGCAGCAAGCGUGUAGCUCAUGACGGGCACCACAGCCACGUGUACACACCAAAAACUUUCCGCUUUCGUUCAUCAUGUAUUCAGAAUGUUUUCGCCUAAUGGCCUGGAGAUCGCAGUUCUGUGCAUGGAGUAGUAAAGUAGCAGCAAAUUACUACUCCCUGAUUCUGUCCCUGCUGUGAGAGCGUGAUGGAAUGCCACCAAGGACAUUGGAAUAACUAGACCAGCCUUUGUCAGCCAGGAUAGUAAUGUUUUAUCCACAUCCAGAGACCAAACUAAUUGUGGCGUUGCGGGUCUGUCACUAAGGUGAAUCUGUGACCUACGUCUCGUUACGGCCUGAAUGCUAUUUCAUUUUUGGCAGCAGACAGAUGGAACAUGCUUCCACCCGGAUGUCGUCAAGCUAAGCCCCUUUCUGCAUUUGUCACAAGCACCAAGUCAUUCCUAGGGUUCCCAGUAAAAAGGCAACGCCUGUUGGGAGUUCCCUAGUAAAAUGAUAAAUUAUACUACAACUACUACCGUGGUGAAUCUGUCACCAUGGUGAAUUUGAAAUACUGUAACCUGCAGUGGGUUUAUACAUGUUACUUUGCAAUUGCAAGUUUCGUUUUGGAAUUAAUUUUCGCUAUAUUCCUUAGGGUCCGUCCAUACAUUUUUUUUUUUUUUUUUUUU